AUGGCUGUCGCACAGCUCAGAUUACCCAGGCUGGGAAGCCAACUCGGCUGGCAUGUGAAAACAGCUCGCCCCUUCUCUACCGGAGCCACGCUUCGAAAAGAGCUUCAGGAUGCGUACAUUCUCAGCGCUUCGAGAACGCCGACUGCAAAGUUCAACGGGUCGUUCUUGAGCGUUCCCGCCCCUAGGCUCGGCGCGGCUGCCAUCAAGUCUGCGGUGGAAAAGUCCAAGGUGCCCGUGGAGAAGAUCACGGACGUCUACAUGGGCAAUGUCCUGCAGGGCUCGGUUGGCCAGGCCCCCGCCCGCCAGGCCGCCAUCUUCGCCGGGCUCCCCGAGUCGGUGGAAGCCACGACGAUCAACAAGGUCUGCGCCUCGGGCCUGAAAGCCGUCGCCAUGGCGGCGCAAAACAUCCAGAUGGGCCUGGCUCAGGCCCAGGUGGCCGGCGGCAUGGAAAACAUGUCGCAGGUGCCCCUGUACCUGCCCCGCGCCAGCGGCCUGCCCGCCUUUGGCCACGUCAGGAUGGAGGAUGGGCUGAUCAAGGAUGGGCUGACGGACGUGUACCAGCAGUUCCACAUGGGGAACUGCGCGGAAAACACGGUCAAGAAGCACGGCAUCAGCCGCGAGGAGCAGGACGCCUACGCCAUCCAGUCGUACGAGAGGGCGCAGAAGGCGUGGGCCAGCAAGGCCUUUGCCGACGAAAUCGUCCCCGUGACGGUCCCGGGCCGCAGAGGCGACACGGUUGUCGACACCGACGAGGGCUAUCUGGACGUCAAGUUUGACAAGGUCCCCACGCUCAAGCCUGCCUUUGUUCGCGACGGGAGCGGCACGGUGACGGCCGCCAACGCCUCGACGUUGAACGACGGCGCCAGCGCCCUGGUCCUGGGCAGCAAGGCCGUGGCCCAACAGUACGGCUCCGGCUCGCGCGUCCUCGCCAAGAUCUGCAGCUACGCCGACGCCGCCAUGGCGCCCGUUGACUUUCCCGUCGCCCCUGCCAAAGCCGUUCCCAUUGCCCUGGAGAGGGCCGGCAUCUCCAAAGAACAGGUGGCCGUCUGGGAGUUUAACGAGGCCUUUGCCGCCGUCAUCCUGGCCAACCAGAAGAUCCUGGGUCUGGAGGGGGCAAAGGUCAACCCUCUGGGAGGGGCCAUCUCGCUCGGCCACGCCUUGGGAAGCUCUGGCUCGCGGAUCCUCACGACGCUGCUUCACCAGCUGAAACCUGGUGAGUACGGCGUGGCGGCCAUCUGCAACGGCGGCGGCGCUGCCACUGCCAUGGUUGUGCAGAGAGUCGAGACGGUGUGA